CAAACAAAUAACAAACCCCCUCCCCUUCCUUUCAUUUUUUAUCUAACAACAUGAAGUUCUCUCUCAUUGCCGUUGCUACUCUUGCUAUUGCUGGUAUGGCUAGUGCUGUCCACCCCACUCACGCUUGCACCAAGGUCGUUGAUGUUGCUCAAGGUCAAACUGUUGCUGAUGUUGCUAACAUUGUCAAUGUUCCUGUUGAAGAUUUGAUCAAGUUCAACCACGGUCUUCAACUUGACUCUGUUGUCCCUGUCAAGUCUUUGUGUGUCGCUGCUUCCAAGUCCAAUGCUAAGCGUUGCCUUGCUGAAAAGAAGGUUCAAAAGAAGAAGCCCAGCAACAAGAAGAAGCCCUCCACCAAGAAGCCUUCUAGCAACAAGAAGAAGCCUUCCUCCACCCCUACUAAGGCUCCCUCCAACGCUGUUCGUCACAUUGUCCCUAACUGUAACAAGUAUGCUACUGUCCUCCCCUCUGAUGCUGACUGUACCUCCUUCUCCAAGAGAAAUGGUAUCAAGGAAAGUGAUUUGUACAAGUGGAACAAGGGUCUCCAUCACGCUGGUGACCAUUUGUGUGAUAACCUCGAUACUGGCAAGGCUUACUGCGUUGGUGUCAAGAACUAAAUCUUCCCUCUCUUUAUUAUGUAUUCCUAUCAUGUGUUUUAGUUACUCAUCUAGUUUUAGAUUCCAUAUCAUCUAAUAAAAUAUUGAAAACAAAAAAA